GGUUUACAGGUGGACUUGACACAGACUAGUCUCCCUACAGCACAUCGAUGUAAACUUUCUGCAGUGUCCAUGAAAGUCGGUUGCUGGAAGGCAUUCAAGCCGUGUUGCCUAUUUCUUGCGAUCCAAACUGAAGGCUACCCCCGACGUGCACAUGACGGCGUUAGAGUGGCCGGUACUUCUCAUUGCCGUCAUUAUCAUCGGGAUGCUGUGGAUGUUGCCAUGGCGGUUUAGGAGGACGCCAAGGCCGCCGCCAGGUUCACGGCUACCGCCAAUGCCUCCAGCAUCCUCUAUCAUCGGCCAUCUUGAACUCUUGGAUCCUCGCUUGUACAAGAAAGCUAUGCUGUUGUCAAAGGAGUAUGGUCCAGUGUUUAGGCUGCAGCUAUUUUCAAGGGAAGUAGUGAUUGUCAACGACCAUGAAAACCUUAAAGCGUUCGCCACCGCGAAGGAGCUACUGAACCGCCCACAGGAAAUGACCAGGGGCAGCGACUAUUACAACGGUGUGAUGACGUUAAAUGGGGAGCUAUGGUCGGCGAACAGACGCUUUUGUAUGACUAUGCUUCGAGACCUCGGUUUUGCGAACUGCAAAAUGGAGGAGAAAAUGAUGACGGAAUUCAAGCUCCUCAAGGAAAAGAUAGACAAAACAAACGGGGAGCCGAUGCCAAUAGGUCGAUAUAUUCCGGAAUGCCUGACAUGCAACAUCGCAGCUUUCUUCCAUGGCAGCUGUAUCCCCAACAACUCCACCCUACGACUCCAGUUCAAGAGCUUGGUUAGCAGGCUCCUCAAGGUAUUCGGCGUUGCAGAUAUUCUCGUGUUCGCGCCGCCAUUCAUCCAACGGCUGCUCCGAUACGUGCCCUACACGAGUAUCGGCAAAGGACAUGCUCUCAUGGAGGAAUUAGACCAGUUUAUAAUCGACGAAAUUUUGACAACACCGUCUACGAACAUCGACGACAGAAAGCGAAAUUUCGUCCGACGUUAUAUCGAGAAAGUUGAAGAAUCAAAAGAAGAUACGAAUUCCAAGUUUAAAUUGUCCUCGGAACUGUCGGACAGCUGUGAUUCAGAGACGUAUGACACAGUUGAUUCGCCGUUCUUGUUCGACCCGCCGCCACGACGGCCAGUCGCCGAACGUCAAGCCCUGGCGUUGCAGUAUCGCGACGAGGGGGAUGAAAAUGUGUGUUGCCGCCAGGUCCCGGCUGUUCGGGGCCUAAUGAAUGGACUGGGCAGCAACUGUAUCACGCACCACACGCUUUUCCCACUCCUUUGCUUGGUCGGCGAUUUAUUGGAAAUAAACAGGCGGCAACUGGAGUUCUACAACCCCACUUAUCUCGAGCACGCCGACAGGAAUAGGUUGGGCCAGCGUGGUCAACACAGACAGUGCACCAAUGACGGUGGACGUGAUGGCCGUCGAGGCCUCCACUCAUUUGCUGUGAGGCAGUCGACGAUGUCACAUGGCCAGUCACAAUACUGGACGAAGCACAUUAACAAUGCAACCACACGGUCCGAUGUCUUGGUACUGGCAUCAGAGGUAGGUGUGGCCAGCUUCCACAGUGGUAACAGAGUGGGCAGUAGUUGGGAGUGGCGAUGA